AAUAUCACAUAUUGAGAUGAGGACACUGCUGCUGAUUCUCGGGUUGCUGAUUCCGGUGGAUGGAAAAUGCCAGAGACUGCUGUUCCAGCAUAUCAUUGCUCCACAGAAGCUUCAGGCUGGUUAAAUGGUACUCAUCCCACCGAGUCCCAGGGAAAAACGGAUGGCACAGUAUGUUUCAACUGGAAAGGCAACAUCUGCAGUUGGACCGAACAGAUAACGAUUCAAAACUGUUCCAAUUACUUUGUGUAUUAUUUGAAGAAAACAAGAAAACAAACAAAGAAAGCAAAAGGCGCUUACUGCACAGUUUCAGAAUCUGGAAACACUGACCCGUGUGUGUCUCACAAAGUGUUGGUAGAUCCCUGGAGAAGUUUGAAUUGCACUGAGACUGAAUGUACUGGUAAAGCAGAAUGUGAUGUGCAACUUAAACACGGAUGGUAUCGAUUCAAAAGCUCCGGUGGAUGGAAGAUGCCAGAGGUGGCUGUCCCACCACGUCACUGCUCGACACGUGGAACAGCGUGGUUACAGGGUUCUCAUCCCACCGUGGCCGAUGGGGAAGUGACCAGGAGAGUGUGUAUAAACUGGGAUAAAAAUCCAUGUUACUGGGUCCAUGAGAUAAAGAUCAAAAACUGCAGCAGUUACUUUGUUUAUGAACUGAAGGCGUUGCCUCAGUGUGCUGCCUACUGCACAGUUCUACAACUUCUAACAAGUCAUGGAACUGUCGGUAAAACAACUCGAACGUCCUCAGAAAUAUCGUCUUCCAAACCCAUUUCAUCUUCUGUACCAUAUUCAGCUCCAAAACGUCUAACAAGUCAUGGAGCUGUCGGUAAAACAACGCCAACGUCCUCUGAAAUAUCGUCUUCGAAACCCGUGUCAUCUUCUGCGCCAUAUUCAGAUCCAAACGCUGCUGAAAAUGGGAACGACACGACAUAUUCAACUCAGAAACCGACAGAAAGUUCUUCAUCAAACAGAGCAGUGGCGGCAGAAACAGCUCCAAAACGUCUAACAAGUCAUGGAGCUGUCGGUAAAACAACGCCAACGUCCUCUGAAAUAUCGUCUUCGAAACCCGUGUCAUCUUCUGCGCCAUAUUCAGAUCCAAACGCUGCUGAAAAUGGGAACGACACGACAUAUUCAACUCAGAAACCGACAGAAAGUUCUUCAUCAAACAGAGCAGUGGCGGCAGAAACAGCUCCAAAACGUCUAACAAGUCAUGGAGCUGUCGGUAAAACAACGCCAACGUCCUCUGAAAUAUCGUCUUCGAAACCCGUGUCAUCUUCUGCGCCAUAUUCAGAUCCAAACACUGCUGAAAAUGGGAACGACACGACAUAUUCAACUCAGAAACCGACAGAAAGUUCUUCAUCAAACAGAGCAGUGGCGGCAGAAACAGUUCCAAAACGUCUAACAAGUCAUGGAGCUGUCGGUAAAACAACGCCAACGUCCUCUGAAAUAUCGUCUUCCAAACCCAUGUCAUCUUCUGCGCCAUAUUCAGAUCCAAACACUGCUGAAAAUGGGAACGACACGACAUAUUCAACUCAGAAACCGACAGAAAGUUCUUCAUCAAACAGAGCAGUGGCGGCAGAAACAGUUACAAAACUUCAAACAAGUCAUGGAACUGUCGGUAAAACAACUCCAACGUCCUCUGAAAUAUCGUCUUCCAAACCCAUGUCAUCUUCUGCGCCAUAUUCAGAUCCAAACACUGCUGAACAUGGGGACGACACGACAUAUUCAACUCAGAAGCCGAUGGAAAGUUUAUCAUCAAACAGAGCAGUGACCGCAGAAACAGAAUCAACAAGCCCUGCAACAGAACCACCUACUGAGUGCAAACGAGCAGAUGAUGAACAUUUAACACCAGUGAUGCUGGACUUGUCAGAGGAAGAUUGUGAACAUAUCAAUGGCCAUGCUCAAGUGAUGUACGUUGGCAGGAACAAGCUGGACACUUCUGACUAUCUUGAAAAGGUACAGAUGAUGCUGAAAGAUCAUCUCCCAUGCAAGAAUCUGCUGCCAAAACUCGGAGAAAAGGAAAAAAAGCACUAAUGACCACUAAAGUGAAGAAUAUUCAGUGGUUACGUAACAACUGAGAACUGGACCAAUGAGUAGGAUGUAGUCGGGGUAGGGCAUUGGUGGACUGGAAUUGUUGGGUGAAGGUGUUUGUGAUAUUGUGUGGCGUAUGUGUAAUUGUGUUGGUGGAGGGGAUUUUAUGCACUGUGAGAGGUGCAUUAUUGUGUCCGUGAAGACACUUUUCAUACACUGUGGAGGGUGGAUUAUUGUGUUUGCAAACAUGCUUUUAAUAUUGUGAGAGGUAUGGCUUAUUGUGUUGGUGAAGGGAUAUAUGAUAUGUCGUGUUUGUUGGAGUAUUUUGCAUAUCAGACUUUUACAGGGGAAGAAGGAAGACGUGAACAAUGUGAAAACUCGGGAUCUGCAGAGAAAAGCAAAGUCAAUUUCGAUUCUUUUCUUUUACUUUACAGACAACAGGGCAAUCACAAGGGGACCCCAUCCAAUAAAAAAAAGACGAAUUCUUAAUUCAUGCUGCCUUUCAAUAAGACACAGAAAUAGACACAUGUCAUUUCUCUCAAAGGACUGUAGAAACAAAUUGAAGAGUGGGGUUAAUGGUAGAUUAUUUUUAAAAGGAACAGUUGUGAUUGCACUUAAUGCCGUUCUCCGGAGAACGAAUGUUUUGUCCCUUCUUCUAACUCAAACAGCAAGAAACUUUAUUUCAUUAACAGAUUUGAGGGUGUGAAUUUAAUUCAAGCAUUCCGAGAGUUUUUGUUCUGUAUGGGCUCACUGAGACUAUUAGUAGGGGAGGGUGCAAAGGAGCAAAAUUGACAUGUCUGCAUUAGCACGUUGCCAGUAUAUUGGAGGAAGUUCAGUCGGGACUAGGGCUUGCCUCAUGAAGAAUGCAGCAUGGCAGUACACAGCUGGAAGGAACAGCUCUGAAUGGAGGCUGCAUAAGCCCGUGUUGAUUACUGUGAGCAACCAUGUCGAGCAAUAUGUAUGAUUGAGAGAGGCAUGGUCGUGGUGAUGAGGAAACAGGUGUCUCCCUUCGAAUAAGGAAUACCAAAAAAUGGGCACAUUGUUUUACCGUGAAAUACAGGAUGGUCACAGGGGGCAAAAAAGAAAACCCAGAAGUGGUGAUAUUCUGAAACGCUUUGCCUUGGAGAGUAGUCAACUUUUAGCCAAUACUUGCAUGAACACUAGUGUCUUAAUUUUCAAGGCUAUUGGCCGAGUGUGCAAGUGGGACCCCUUUUGAUAUGGUACAGCUAAGUUAGCAGAGAUUCGAUGGAUCAAGGUGCCUCUUCUGCAUUGUGUUAUUCUAAGAUUCUAUGAAAGAGGUUGGGAGACAUGGGACUUUGCACGAGGAAGGACUCAUGUAAGAUCACCAGAGAUUGCAACAUAUUUGAAGAAUGUCUGGUCGCUGCCGUUUGAUAUUUGAAUAGAAAAUAAAACAGAUUUGAGAGUGACUUAAAAAUCAAUAUGUUUAUAACAGAGAAACGAACAUCAACACUUGGGAUCAUAGACAUUAAAAUAUUAUCACAAAAAUGUUGCACACAACAGUCACUUGCGAAUUUCUCUUCCAUUUAUUUCAAUGUUUCAUUUGUUAAAAGCUGGUCUCUGGAAAUAUAAGGAAACUUGUAAAAAAAACUAUUUUUUAAAAAGUUGCUGAGACAAUACACGGCAAAAAAGUCUGACAAGUCAUUCAGAGGAGCAAGCAUAAUUAAUCAGAUAUUGUAUCGAUUUCUAAAAUUCUUUCCUCAGCAUUAUCCUUAUCAAAACUGUUCAUCCAUUUGACAACUUCCUGCUGUACAUUUGAAGAUGUCACGGGGAUUUGAUAAAUUAGCUAAAUAUCUGGAACAUUACUCUGCAAAUUAAAUGAACACUGAUCGAAACAUAU